UGAAUAAAAAUAGGUGCAUUAAAGGACAGAUUCAGCCAGUUUAAGACGCUACAUAAACACAUGCGCGUAGAGGAUUUUCAACGCAGUAUUCGUGGGGGAUAUAAUAUUACAGACAUAUACCUGGACUCGGAAGACAAAUUAGACAUACACAGACAUAUACCUGAACUUCAACGUCUUGGAACAUAAAUGGAUCGUCCUUUUGCACAGAUCUAAAAGGAUCUCAAAAAACAAGGACGUGCGGGCGUUUUAACCCAUGUUUAUCUGGUGUCAACGCCAAUGUGAACAACUUAUAGGGAUCUAUGUAACACAAUGAAGACAACGCUGUGAGCAGUAUACAAAUUAUUUUAUUACAUUAUAUUAUAUUACUAUCAGGCAACAUGAAAGUCGUAAGCCUAUUAAUUGGGACACCAAUCCUCGCUUUUACAGGUGUGACGUCACAUCUCCUGUAUCACCUCAGAUAUGCCCCGAAGAAGGCCAUGCCUGCGCCUAAUUGGGAUGUCAGCGAGAGUGAGAGAGAGACAGUGGUGAAAAAUAGAGAAGGACUUCUCAAAGGCAUACAGGAAGUUUACGCCGCCACCGCCACUGUUGACAGCUUGAAACAUGUCAGUGAUGACGUCAUAUUUGAGGACCCCGUCGUGAAGUUUUACGGGAAACGCGAGUUGUCUUGCGUGAUUCCGAUCAUGAAGAAAUCGCUGAAAGCUAGCUCAGCAACACAGACAGUAGAGAAAUUUCAGACCGUUCAUGGAGAAAAUGAAAUGUACGUGGAUAUGUGCGUAAAAUUUACCCUGGGAAGCCGUAGCUUUACUUUGCCUUCAUUAGUGUCGAUUAUGCUGAGGAAAAAAGCAACGGGUGAAGGGGAGGAAGUGGUCCACAUGACAGAGGAAUAUCUAUGGAAACCGCUCCUGAACAGAGACAGUUCCCUCAUAUUGGGGGCAUGCCAUGCUGCUAUGAAAAGGUUCAACGGCAUUAUCUGUGCCAAACUGUUUAAAUAUAAAGAAUGAGUAAUUUGACAAAGAGAAAGGUAUUUUUGUUAACGUGUAUUGUAUUAUUAAUGCCUUAAUUUGCUUAUCUAUUUAUUUAUUUCCAAAAUUACUUGUACUCCAUUAUUAUGUAUCUUAGUAUUAAUGUAUAUGAAAGCAAUGAGUUCGCAAUACCGAGUUUCGACAUAUUAGUCUCUUUGACGGUUUUAAAA